AUGGUUAAAGUAAAACUGGAGCAGACAGAUGAGGCUGACACUUCCAUUAAAGUCGUCGAAAACGUGACUAUUAAGGACGAGGAGACUUAUGACGACAAGUUGUUAUUUAUUAACGCUAUAGCCAAACCAAUGGCAGGUAAGAAACUUGCCAAAAAAUGCUAUAAAUUGGUAAAGAAGGCCAUGAAACAUAAAACCUAUUUGCGGAAUGGACUUAAGGAUGUUCAAACGCGUCUACGCAAAGGUGAAACCGGCAUUUGCAUCUUUGCCGGAGAUGUGACACCCGUGGACAUUAUGUGUCACUUGCCUGCUGUUUGCGAGGAAAAGGGCAUUCCCUACACCUACACUCCAAGUCGUGCUGACCUCGGCGCAGCGAUGGGCGUCAAGCGGGGCACAGUUGCCCUACUCGUCCGCCAGAAUGAGGAAUACAAAGAUCUGUACGAUGAGGUCCGGGACGAAUUGGCAAAACUCAAUGUUCCAGUUUGAGCUUCUAAAAUAGUUUAGAUUUCUAAUUAAGAACUUUGUUAGUUAAGUUACAGAUUUUGAAAUAACAUUUAUAUAAACAAUUGUUCAUAUAGUAAAUGCUACUGUUCACAUGAAUAAACAUUGUAUUUGUAUCAUAUGA